UAAUUUGAAACUGCGCGCGUCUCACUGAGGCACGCGAGCACGGGGAGCUCGCUAUUUCAAGUCACGUGACCGUCGUUUCCGUUGUUCGAUUCCGCAACAUCCGGUUCCUCAGUCUUGCAGCUGCGUGACGAAGGUGUUGUUUAUUUACAAAUUUUGGGCUUCGUAAUUGCUGCUCCCCAGCAUGAAUGACCUAACUGUCAGCGAGAAUGUUGCAGUGGAAGUGAAGCCGUACAAAGAAAGGCGCACAUACCUUCAAAGGAAACAGGACGUAGACGCUAUUCGUGCGGAACACCCGAACAAGAUUCCCGUAAUCAUCGAACGGUAUGCUGGCGAGAGACAGCUACCUAUUCUCGAUCGCACAAAAUUCCUCAUACCAGAUCACAUUACCAUGGCUGAGCUGGUCAGAAUUAUCAGGAGACGUCUGGAGCUGCAUCCAAACCAGGCAUUCUUCUUGCUGAUCAACCAAAGGAACAUGGUACCAGUGUCCGCAACCCUGGGUGACCUGUACACUUCCGAACGAGACGAAGACGGAUUCCUGUACAUGGUGUAUGCGUCGCAAGAGGUCUUCGGUUGAGUAGCUGCAAGUCGGAUGCUGUCGGGGGAGACGAGAAGCUGCGAAAGAUAAAUCUGUAUAAAGUGGUAUGAGAAUAUCUAAAAUAAAUGGAAAGGAAGGUUUGGUCAGGCUGGACGCAGUGACCGGACAUGUAA